AUCCCCAGAGAUGAUCCAACUAUAUAGCAGUCACUACCCGGAAGUAUUGGAGGUUGAAGUAACACUAGCUACUAGCCAUCAUUUGAAUUGGAAAUUGACAUGGCCUCACUUAUUCGUUCCUCCUUGCUUGUUGCUCUUUCUUUUGCAAUUUGCUUCAUCAACCCAUCAUUUGGAAAGCCAAGCCCAAACGUGACCGAUGCUGAAAUCAUCACCAUCUGCUCCAAGACUCCAGCGCCUUCCUUCUGCUUAAAAGUCCUCUCCAACGAAACUCUCCAUGCAAACCAAACCAGUCUUCAUGGCCUGGCCAAAAUCUCAAUCCAGCUAGCACUCGCCAGUGCAGACGAAACCCAGGUGGAAAUCUCUCCACUCAUCAAACAAGCGGAGAACUACAUUGUGAGAGAAGCUUACACGCUUUGUUCCCAGAACUACCAGGAGGCCGUCGCUGGCCUUAUGGAUGCCAAGCGGCUGCUGAGCAAACACGACUACCGUGGGGUGAGAGUUCAAGCACUUGCCGCGUUGGAGGAGGCUGAGGCUUGUGAACAUGACUUGAGAAUUCCAGCAUUUAAUCCUUCACCAUUACAUGACAAAAACGAGGAAUUCAAACAUUAUUGUAACAUCAUCUGGGCUAUCACAAAUCGUCUAGUUGAGUUCUAUUAGAUUCUUAUCAAGUAUUUUUAGCUGGCUUUAAUUAAUAAUUAAGUGAAUCAACUUAAAAUAAGUUUGGAUGGUUUUGAUGUCAGCUAGUAGCUAGUCAUAGUUAAU